AGCGGUAGCGACUCAACGGUAGCUAGCAGGUAAGACAGGUGAGAGCGACGGUAAUCUGGUGGAAGUAUGGAUGUUAUCCAGGUCAGCUGAUUGAUCGGUGUCCUCAUCCUCAGUACAGUGAAGAAAAAAAUGUCCAGUAUAAACCAGCACUAUGGGUUCCAGUCAGCCACUAUGGUGCAGCCUGCCAAUGGCGGUCAUGCCUAUCUGUUUGGAAACAAUGGCUCAGAGAAUGACUUGUCAGAGGAGGAUGGGGAGAGCUAUGAGCUGCGGCCACGUGGCAGAGAGAGGCUGCGGAGAAGCACCUCCAGAGAGAGGAUGGACGACAUUAUCUACCUGACCAGAGAUAUCCAGGAGGGUGACACCCUGAACAGCAUUGCCCUGCAGUACCAUUGCUCAGUGGCUGAUAUAAAGCGUGCCAACAACUUCUUGACAGAGCAGGACUUCUUUGCCCUGCGGUCAGUCAAGAUUCCUGUGAGGCGCUUUAGUGUCCUCACUGAGACUCACAGCACUGGACCUCUCAAACCUGCCUCCUCCUCCUCCUCCUCCUCAGGUGCCAGGCACCUCCAACAGAUCUCACCUGUUGCUUCCCUUCCCUCUGAGUCCUCCACAGACUCUUCCUGUUCCACCGACAGUGUGGAAGGAUUUCUCAUGGAGAAGGACAAGGACAUUGAGCGGCUGGUGAAAUCCACAGGUCCGUCUCGGAACAGUCUGAAUGAGGUUGUGUCCUCCUUAACGCAACAGCAGCCGCUGCUAGGAGAAGUGGAGUAUAAACCGGUGCAGAGAAAGGACCCUUAUUAUGGGGCAGACUGGGGCAUGAGAUGGUGGACGGCUGUGGCCAUUAUGCUGGUUGUUGGCAUUGUCACACCUGUGUUUUAUUUGCUGUACUACGAGGUUCUUGUGAAAGCUGACGUCAGCCAUCAUAGCAAUCCUACGCAAGCUCAUGGCAAUGAACCUCUCCAAGGCAAUAAUUUAAACCUCCCUGUUGGAGAAGACAAGGCAGGGGCUGGACCUGGACACAAAGAUGGUAAUGUGGUUAAUAGAGAUCCACAGGCACAUGUGGCCAAAGCAGGAGACGGUAAACACGGAGGGCAAGAGAAAACAUAAGGGAUUAUAACUUUACCUACAAAUGUGUUGCUAACUCAGAGACCGAAUAAAACUAGGUGGAUGUUCCUAUUAAGAAGUUUUUUAUAAACUUAAUACAUCAAAGCAAUUUGUCUGACAAGGACAGUCACUUUAUAGUGGGGGCAUUCAUUUUUAUAUGGUUGAGAAACUAGGAAUAAGGGUGUGGCCACUGUCAUUCCUUGUCUGUCCAUUAACAGUAAAACGCUUUACAACAAGGAGUAACAAUGGGCAACAAUGAAAUAAAAACAUUAAGCUUUGCUUAACAGUUAUCAUCAGUGUAGCCAAAAGACUUGAGGUAAGGUUUUGGUUAUCAUCUAUGCUGCUGCAUUCUCAGUAAGUUGCACACAAACUAUACCCAGGGAUUUCAAAAGGAAACUGAGACCAACAGCUAAACUUCAACAUGUGUUUUUUCAACAAUGUCAGAAAAUUAAAUCAAUUUUUUUGCCAUAUUGGAAAUUGUGUAUUUUCCAACGCUAUUCCUUUGGAAAGUAGGAUUGCUGCCAUUGAGUUCAAUAUAUAAUUAAUUUAUUUCAAGACUAUAAAGAUAUUUACACUAUCAGUAUUGAGAGGUACCAGUUGCAUUGCAUUUUUUAAUUUCCAUAAAAGUCUUGGAAAGAACUCUUUUUUUUUUUUUUUUUUCCUCCUUUGUUUCAAAGCAUGGGGAGGAAAAUGGGAAAUGCACAUUAUUCCCACAAAGACUCACUUUUGUAAUUAUGGGAGAUUUUAGACUUUGUUAUAUAGCCCUUUUAUUUUAUCCGUGUUCACUUGAUACUUUAUGAACAAGCAUUACAUGUGUUGACAGUAUGUGCCUUUCAACCUGUGGAAAUGUGCCACAGGCUGUUAAAUAAAUAAAUCUAUUUUGAAUAAAUUAUUGCCAGUGUGCGCAUAGUUUGGCAUUUCUUAUUUACACAAGUCUUUAAAGGAAAGCACCUCAAGAUCACACAAAACAAAACAACAAAAACUGACACUCUGAUAAACACUAUUUGCACCGUAUCUACAAUAUUUAACCAAUAGAGGCAAUCACAUACUGAUUGUUAACUUCAACAGUAA